GUCUGUUGAUCAGGACAUAGUACUUCAGUGGACCGUCCCUAAAAGUGUUCCAGGACAGCUUCUGAUCGGGCUCUGAGCAGCCUUCUCCAGUGCAAGCUAUCCCUCUGUGCCCAAGGCAAGGGGUUCAGAGCUACAUGAUCUCCAAGGUCCCUUCCACCCCAAACCACUCCAUGGCUCACUGAUUCCAUGUUACCCCUCCCCCAGUGGGCCCCGUUCCACAGCCCCCACGGUGCCCAGAACAUGGAACCCAGCCCUCUGUGACAUCAGCCCCGGGGCCGAGGGCACCACGGGCAGCGCAGCUGCUGCGGGCAUUGCGGCUGUGGCUGUGCUGCUGCACGGAGCCCUCAGUGCUUGCAGCUGACACGCGCCUCUGGCAGCCAUGAAUGGGCUCGGCCUCCUCAUCCUGCUCACCGUGCCUGGGCUGGCACACAGCAUACAGUACCCCUGUGGAGGGAGCUGUGGGCUCCGAGCUCCAAUACCUGCCUACACCCCCAUUACUUAUUCCUAUGGCAACGUGGCUUAUGACUACGGCUCGACACGCAUCGUGGGCGGCGCAAGUGCCAUGGAAGCAUCCUGGCCCUGGAUGGUCAGCAUCCAGCACCCCUGGGCACCAGGCCAGAAGCAUUGGUGUGGAGGGUCUCUCAUUAGUGCAGACUGGGUACUCACAGCAGCACAUUGCUUCGACAAGAUCGAGAACAUCAGCAUGGUGUAUGUGGUGAUUGGAGCCACUCAGUUGUCUCAGCCAGGCCCUGGGGCUGUAGCACGCAAUGUCAAGAAGGUGGUGAUACACCGGUACUACAAGCGUGUCGACUAUAGAUACGAUAUUGCCCUGAUGGAAUUGGAGCAACCUGUACAGUGCAGCCAAUACAUCCAGCUGGCCUGUGUGGCUGACCCCACCCUAAGACUCUCAGAGCUCAACAAUUGCUGGAUUGCUGGAUGGGGUGCAACUACUGCAAGAUCUCAAGAUGAAGGUGAUCGCCUCAAGGAGGCCAAGGUCCGGCUCAUCGAUGUCAAGCUCUGCAACAGCAGUGACUGGUAUGCAGGGGAAAUCCACCCCUACAACUUGUGUGCUGGUUACCCAGAGGGCAACAUCGACUCCUGCAAGGGUGACAGCGGUGGUCCUCUCAUGUGCCAGGACAAGAAUGCUGACUUCUGGUGGGUCAUUGGACUAACCAGCUUUGGAUCAGGCUGUGCCAGGGCAAAGCGGCCUGGAGUCUACAUCUCCACUCAGUUCUUCUAUGACUGGAUUGAUUACAACAUGCGUACACAAGCAGUUGAAAGUGUUUAUUGAGCAUUGGGUCCAGCAGGAUCCAGAGCGGAGUGCAGUGCACCACAGCCUUUUCCUGCUGGGCUGAUGCUUGCUGAUCCAAUGACAGCCUCGGUGUCAAAAGCCUGCUCUGUCCUGCCCACACUCCUCUCCAGUGUGCAUGAAGACACUGGAAUUGUUUUAGUUGUUGAAAUAAAGUUACCUUUGUUCACAGGGAUCC